CGUGCCCUCGGCCCAGCCCCUUCCCCCCCGCCAGCCGGGAGCCGCGCAGAGGAAGGGAGCAAGCCGCCCUACUCCCAGCCCGGCGUUGCGGCGCUGAGGGCCGUCCCGCCCGCUGCGGCCGCCCAAUGGGAGCGGCGGAUGUUAGCGGGCCGGGAGGUGGCGGCGUUGCCACAGCAGCGGCGGCGGAGCGGGGCUGGGUUGGGCGCUGGCGGUCGGGACGCGCCAUGGAAGGGCUGGAAGGUGAGAUUGCAGUGCAAACUGGAGAUCUGUUGCCAUGUAGGAUUUGUGGAAGGACUUUCUUUCCAGCAGCACUGAAAAAACAUGGACCCAUUUGCCAAAAAACUUCUGCCAAGAAAAGGAAGACAUUCGAUUCCAGCCGACAGAGAGCAGAAGGAACUGACAUUCCCACAGUAAAACCUCUUAAGCCACGGCCAGAACCCCCCAAAAAGCCAUCCAAUUGGAGACGGAAGCAUGAGGAAUUCAUAGCAACUAUACGAGCAGCCAAAGGACUUAAUCUUAAAGAUGGUGGAAAACUUCCUCCACCACCUCCGCCAUCAUAUGACCCUGAUUACAUUCAAUGUCCAUAUUGUCAGAGGAGAUUUAAUGAAAAUGCAGCUGACAGGCACAUCAAUUUCUGUAAGGAACAAGCAGCACGUAUUACCAAUAAAGGGAAACUGGCAGCUGAUACCAAAGGGAAGGUUCCUACUCGAACACAGUACAAGCCCGCUGCAGUUAAGAAGAUGCCUUCUACAGUGUCAACACCACCGUCGUCAUCAUCACGUCUACCGCUGCCAAGUGGUGUUAGCAAAGCAGUUGUAGGUUCCUCUUCAAGUAAAGCAUUGUCUUCAGCUGGAUCUGGUGGCAGCAAAAUUCAGUCAUUAUCACCAGCUCAUAAAAACUCAUUGGGAAUGGUGAACCCACAAGCAGGUAGUAAGAUGGACAAGUUAGGCCCACCACUGCGAACUGGAAGAGAUGUGCAAAGGUUUUAUGACACUGAUAGAAAAACAGACAGUACCAUCAAAAGACCAAAUGAAUUGUUGCCUAUAAAGAAAGGUGCAACAAAAACACGGAUGUCAACCCCUCCUAGUGUGGCAAGAACUAUGAGUACGGGUGCUCUAUCAAACAAAAAGAAAACUAGUAAUUCAGACAGUUACUCAAGGUCUGAUGGUAAAAUUGGGAAUGACACUGCUGACUACCUAUCCUCAGUCAACGGAGGAAGUUCAAAAAACAGUGAAGGAAAUUCAACUGUACAGUUAUCUAAAUUUUGCCAUGAGUGUGGAACAAGGUAUCCAGUGGAAUGGGCAAAGUUCUGCUGUGAGUGUGGAAUUCGAAGAAUGGUUGUAUGAAUGCAUUCUUAAAAUCACAGUGAAAAGGAGAUCCUGAAAGCAUCUGCUAUGUGCUGCUGCAUGGAAAGCUAAAACACUCCUUCAAGUUAGGCUUCAUGCUGCAAACAUGUUGAAACAUUAUAAUUUUCUGAGUGCAAUCUGCUGGUUACGUAGUAAUUUAUAUAUAAAUGUGCAUACUGUAUAUAGAAGUAACAGGUACCUAAAACUGUGCCAUUUGAGGAAAUACUCUUUAAUCUCAGUUGGAAAUAUUUUAAAUUAGGUUAAAAAUGUGUUAAGUAACUUAAGUAGUGGAAGUGGUUCAGUGUUACUUUUCUUAUAUAAUUCUAUAGAAUUUAUUUAAGUCACUUACCCAUAGGGAACUAGCCAUGAAGAACUUCUGAAUCAAAAGUUUCUCUGUGGAGGCAUUUCCUUCUUAGGUGAUAGUAACUAGAUGCUAUCUAUGUUGUAAGUGAAAACAACAUGAGCAACUCCCUAUAAAUUCCUUGUUACAAGUGCAGAAAACUGGAGCCCAUUACCCUCUUUACUGUAAUACCCUAACUGAAAUUUCCUGUUACUUGCAGGAAUUUUUUUAAUGAUUCAAAUAGGAAGAAGUCUGAAAAUUCCAGUCUAAGAAAAUCAAAAGUUGUGGUUGUUGCUGUGCCCAUUCUGUUUUUGAAUAAGAACUUGUUAAUGUUUUAUGUAUUUAUAAGGACAAAUGUGUUAUUUUAAUCAGUUACUUUUAUUCAUAAAUACUUUUCUUCUUCUCCCUGUGCUCUCCACCAUGGCUAGCAUAUGCAAAAGCCCUCUUUACUUUUGUCCUUAAGGCUUGCAAAUGCCCUAUUUUUCUCUUUCCUCAUCUCCUGAAGGGGACUCUAUUAUAACUGUACCUGAAUGUUGAACGUAUUUUAAAAAACAACCUUCUUAUUGUGUCCAGUACAAAAAGAGUUCCAUAAAAAUGUGUACUAUUAGAAAAGUAGAAAUUAAGUAGUUACUGUUUUUUAUACUUAUUCCUGUGCAAAUAGGUUCAGGUUCAGAGUUCGUAUGUUUACAGCUCUACAUGUGUUUUUUGUGGUGGAUUUUCUUCUGUUUGUUUUUUUUUUCUUCCCCUUCCCAGUUCUUGGUAUUCAUAGGCUCUGAACAGCAGCCUCAUAAAGUUUGUAACAGUCUUCAUGCGAGUUCAUUGGUGUGAAGUGUCAGGACCUGUAAGCUGUUCCUUUUUUGGUGGUGGUUUUGGUUUUUGUUUAUUUUUUAAACAAUGCAAUCUACUAAAACCAUUCACAAGCUGAAUCACUUGUGUCUGAAUGUAGUGAUUUGUUAAAGUUUUAUUUUGAAGUACUGCUACUGUCUUAUUGGAAGAACAAUCUGGAAGGACUUAAUUGUGCCUUUACCACAGUACACUUUUUUUUUUUUUGUCAAAAAUGGUUACUUUCAACU